AUGAAAACAUCUCGUCAGGUCAUUACCUCGACAAAACGUAGAAAAUCCGGCACAACAAUGCCAAUGGCAUUGUUUGCUGGGUUAUCCUCAGCUGUAACAUCAUGUUGUGGAUUACUAAUUGUCGUGGCGCUCAGCUGUUGCGUUAAUAACGCACAAGGGCGUGCACCACCCGAGCCCUACUAUGGUCGUUUCAUCGGUAACUUUACAAAUUUCGCUCAUGGCAUAAAUGGUGCCGUUUAUGCUGUGGACGAAUCAACGCUCUUCGUCAAAUCCUUUGGCUACGAUGGCACGGGACCGGAUGCCUUCUUCUGGGUUGGCAAAACACCGCGACCAAGUCCAGAAGGAUACAUUAUACCCUAUCCAGAGGAUUAUGCUGGAUUGUAA